CGAGGCCUUUAAAUUUCCGGUGCAAUUAAAUGCCAGAAGGUUCGGCUAGUCAUGGUAAUUUGAAAAAUACCUAGAGAUUCUCCAGGUGCAAGUGGGAGUAGUGGCACUAAACCAUGACUGCCAUUAAACAUACCCUUAACAGAGAUGUAUUUCUACCGAAUGAUGAACGCUUGAUUGGAUUUGUUCAUGUUACAAAAGUUGGACGAAAGAAGAAAACUAGCUUUCUCUGUGCAGCAUUAAGUACAGAGACUCCAGUGCAAGCGCGCGUUUACCAGGUUAAAAAGGCUGACAAAACAGAGGCCUACAAAAAGAAAGUAACAUGGCUGCUGAGAGAAUUGAAAGUAGUGGAUGGAAAAAGUUCCAGUAAGGAAACAGCAGAAUUUGAUCUCCAUUUUGAAAAAGUCUACAAAUGGGUAGCUAGCAGUGUACAUGAUAAAGAGACAUUUAUUUCAUGUCUCUGGAAGCUAAGCCAGAGAUACCUGAUCCAAAAGCCAGAUUUCCUAAAUGUUCCCAGACAUUUGUUGGAAGAGGUGAGCAGACCGACAGGAUCUGUACAGACCACUCAACAGGAGGAUGAUAUUGUCACCAUGGAGGACGAUUACCAGGCCUUGACCUCCAAGGAAGAGACUGACCUUGACCAGCUGAUGUCCGAGUGUAAGAUCGCCAUCAGUAAUGCAGAGUUGUUCGCCGAGCAGCUCUCCAAACAGCUCUCUGUUCUGGAUGGGGCCAAUAUUCAUUCCAUUAUGGGAUCUGAGGAUCAAGUUCUGAACCUUAUGAGACUUUUGGAUGAUGGGAUUCGAUCUGCAGAGACAAUUGAGGAUAAACUAGACUUUUAUGAUAGCAUUUUGCAGAAUGUCAAAGAUCAGAUGGAGGUGAUGAAAGAGAAGGACGCUCUGAUUAACACCAGGAACAAGAAUCACCAGCUUCUGCUGGAGGAACUGGACAACUUAGUGAAACAGCUGGAUAUAGACACAAGGCACCUGAAGGCCCUAACAGACGGGGAUCUGUCCACCCCUGGGGGGAUCUGUGAGUGUACUACAGCGGCCCAUAUCUUACAGCGUUGUCUUAACGCGGAUAUUCAUCCAGCACUGAAUCAAAUGGCUGCUGUUGAGGAACAACAGAGAAAAUUCACAAGGUUCUCGGAUAAAUUCGGCAAGAGAUUAGCCUAUCACUUAAAUAAUCUUUUCAUUCAGCAGGGUAAUGUGCUAGGGGAAACUCUCAGUCGUCAGGUACCAGAAUUCAAACUUCCACCGCACCACUCGGCACACCGCGACCUGACGCCGUAUGCUGACCUUAUGCUUUGGCUAAAGAACUCGGACUUUGAUUGCUUCACUCAGCUCUCAAAGGUUUAUACCCAGAAUUUAAGUAAGCUCUACAAUAAAGAAAUACAAGAUUUUUUGGAGAUGGCCAAGCAGAAAUUAGGAACCAAACCGGACAAGAAUAAAUUAGGUGUUGGACUGAGUGCACAGGCUCGAGCUCUUUCUGGCUCUUCCUCCAGUCUGAACCGGAAAAUGUCAGGCUCGGUUCAGAGUUUGAAUUCGGACAGUAUCUCGAUGCAUGGAUCCAGCCAUGAUCUUGCCAUGAGACAUCUAUUUGACCAGAUCAUUGAUAAAAUCCUCAGUGAACUUGAGCCUGUUUGUCUGGCAGAACAGGAUUUCUGUGUCCGAUUCUUCCAUCUGGCAGGGGACAUCUCUGUUAACAAGGAGGCUAAACAGGAGGAAGAAUCUGAUGAUGUAUGGAAGCCACUUCAACCUUCUGCACCUGAAGUUGUGGAGUUCUAUGAGGAGAAUUUAGGUGGUGGUCUUAAGAUUCAGAGGCGUCGUACCAAGUCCAAGCUGAGACAUAUGAAUGAGGAAGUCAGAAGGAUGAUGGGAGAAUUGUUUCCAAAUCUGGAAUCAGAGCUUGAAGCAUUUGUGUCAUAUGCAGAUAGAUUGGAUGGUUUGAACGGCAGAAAUUCUGAGUAUGAAAGAUACUGGCAGCAAGAUAACAAUAUUAACUCCAUGUACAUGUUGGUACGGAUGAGUCAGCAUGUGAACAAUGCCCAGGACACCGGUUCCUUCCUCAGCCUUAUGUUUGCCAGCUGCCUCGUCAAAAUCAAACGCAACUUUGACAAGUUCAUCGCAAACCAGAUAAAAGCCAUUCAAGAUUUUAAAGUUUCCAAGAAGAGUCGAUGUGGAAUUAUAGCCUUUGUCCAUAACUUUGAGGAAUUUGCCAACCAAGCAGAGAGUAUAUUUAAGGGCUCAGACAGACACACACAUCUGGAUAAGUCCUACAAAGCUUUGGUGGUGGUCAUCUAUGAACAAAUUGUCCGUGUAGCCAGCGAGAGCCAGAAGACACCAAAAGAUGUUGUCAUGAUGGAGAAUUUCCACCAUAUGUAUUCAACAUUGUCCACUCUGAAAAUUCCAUGUCUGGAGUCUGACCGGAAAGAGGCUAAACAGAUCUAUCAGGACAAUCUUAACAGUUACACCCUGAAUCUUUUGGGAAGGCCUCUGGAAAAAUUACAUGUGUUUUUUGAGGGCGUACAGAAUCGUGUGGCUACAGGUGUCAAACCAGAGGAGGUCGGAUUUCAGUUGGCCUUCAGUAAACAAGAACUAAGGAAAGUCAUCAAAGAGUAUCCAGUGAAAGAGGUGAAGAAAGGGCUGGAUGGAAUUUACAAGAAAACCCUUAAAGAUUUGUGUGAGGAGGAAAAUUUGCUCCAAGUGGUGUGGUUCUCCAUGCAAGAUGAAUUCAUCAAACAAAUCAAACAUUACGAAGAUCUGAUCAACCAGUGUUACCCAGAUUCUGGGAUAACCUUGGAAUUUAAAGUGGACGACGUUCUUUCCUUCUUUUCAGAGAUAGCACAGAAUCACUAAGUGGUUGUUGAGGAUGACUUGUCACCAUUACACAGUGAAUUUUUGACUAAAAUCAAUUUGAAACAGCAGUGCUUUUAUUUUCUGCUUAUUGUGCUUUCAUGUUGUAUGCAAGUAACAUUGAAAGUGAACACACAUUAAGGAGUCAUUGUAUUUUCUGCUAAAGGAACUGCAUUACAGGUGGAACAAUGUUAAGAUUGCCAAGAAAAUUUGUUAAGAAAACCUGUCGCUAAUGUUUCAGAAUCAGUGGAGUUAAACUUUUACAUUAUUAAUCUCCAUUUUUCAUACCUUUUCACCUCCAGAAACAAUUUAUUAGAGCAUAUUUUCAUUAAAGCUGAAAAAAAUUGGUACUUGGUUGUUACCUAGAAGAAUUACCGGUAUAUAGGCAUUAUACAAUUUUAUCAAGAGCAUGUGUAUUGUAUAAACAGUAUAUAGUUUUUAUGAAAAACCAAUAGAUGGUAAAAUGUUCCAUGCUUUUGCAAAUUGUCAACUGAUUGAUUUUCAGAAACAAUUUUAUCAUAAAGCGAGUACAUGUAUGAUGCUGAAAAUCUGAAUUGUUAAUUUUAUGUUGUCCAUGAAGAAAUGAUUUCUGUUACGGUGGUAUGCCCUGUAUGUGCAAUAAUCAAGUAUACUGUUCUUGUUAUGAAUGUACUGAAUAAUUUAUAUACAUGAUUAAUUCAUGAA